UGUGCGAUAUGCAACGAAGCUCUAUAUAGAUCUCCCACCUGCUCCAUGUCUUACCUGCGUAAUUGGUUCUCGCUCGAUACCUCGAGCUCCGCCAACAAGGUUGAGCCCCACAUCUCCUACCCAAAACUAUCAGCCUCGGUUCCGGAGUUCCAUGAAGAAGAUGAGGACGAUGGAUCGGACACGGCAGGUGAAGACGACACACCGCCCGCUUUCCCUGCGAUUAACAGUGCACAACGCGCUGCUAUACCUUCCUCAUCUUCGGACUCAUUCGGGGGACUCAGCAUACCAACGAUACUCACCGACUCAGCACUGAUGCCCCCGCCGCCUGUGCCCAGCCUUGCUACACGCCAACCAGGUGUUCCACCUCCAAAGAGUUCAUCAUCUCUUCUUGCACCUAUGACUACGACUCAACCGCCGAAAAGAUCUUCCAGGCGGGAGAAAGUGGCUCUAGCGCCUGGAUUUGGUCCUCUCGAUUGGGGAAAUCUCAAAGCAUCUGGCCAGAACCUACGAGGAGUUGAUGCAUUAAUGCGCAUCCCGCCAUCUGUGCUUAAGUUACACAACAAGAAAGAUGAUGCUUGGACAGCGAUCAAUGGAAAGGUAUAUAAUAUCACGCCAUACCUCCCAUAUCACCCGGGUGGUGAGAAGGAGCUCAUGAGAGUAGCGGGUAGAGAUGGAACUAAGUUGUUUUCACUGACUCAUGCAUGGGUAAAUGCGGACUUCAUGCUUGAUGCAUGCCUGGUCGGAUUCCUAGUCUCGGAGCCAAGUUCAUAAUAGAUCGGACUUGGCGUUACAUGCAUAUACUUAUUUAGAUUGCAUGGA